AGAUAAAUGGGAUUACAUGAAAAAGCGCUUGAAUGUUUCUGCAUCGACUUAAAUCAUAUAAAUAAUGCUGAUGAUUUCAAGGCAUCAUACUUAUAUUAAAAAGGUGCAAUUUUAUGAAUUUAUUUCAGGAUUAACUUUAUUUUAUUUAAAUAGAUAUCUUGAAGCUAUAGAUUAAUUUGAUAAAUCUUUAUCUAUUAAUAUACAUCAAAAUGGACUCUCUCAUAAUAUGAAAGGUCUUAUUUUUAAGUUAUUUCAAAGCUCUCUCAUUAAUGGAAAUAGGAGAUCUAGAUUCAGCUUUAUUUUUUAUAAACUAAGCAAUAAAUAAUAACUCAUAAAAUUCUGCUAUAAGAUUCAAUAAAGGUAAAACUCAAGCUUAAAAUAGCACUUAUUUUAAUAAAGUUGGAAAAUUUAUAAGAAGCUUUAAUUGCCUUAGAUGAUGCGAUAUAAAUAGAUAUGAAUAACGUUAACUUUUACAAUAAUAAAGGUAUAAGUUUACAAUUAAUUAAAAGGUUGGGUUCUAGAGAAACUUGGGAACUUGGAAUCAGCCAAAUAAAAUUAUUAUUUAGCUUUAGAAAAAAAUCCAUAAAGUUCAAUCAUUUACUUUAAUUUAGGUAUUUGAAAUUAUUAAAUUUAAAGCAAAUGUUUUAUUUAAAUUGAAGGAUUAUCAAGAGAGUUUACAUAUUUGUGAUCUAGCUAUAUAAAGAAAUUUGAAAAGUGCCUAAAUUUAUUCUUGCAAAGGUGAAUUAUAACAAAUUCAUAAUUAGGAUAAAUAUUUUUUAUUUGGAGUUAAAUGGAUGAAGUUAAAAAGAAUUUUGAAAAUGCUUUUCUUGAACCCUCAUGUUCUGAUAAUGAAUAUAGAUAAUUUGCUUAAAUACUAUUUUAAAAAAAUGACCUAAAAAAUGCUUUAAAAUACAUAGAAAUAGCAAUUAGUAGAAACUCAGAAAACAAUGACAAUUUUAUGGUUUAAGGUAACUAAUUCUUAAAAUUUUAGCUGAAAUUGUAAAUUCUAUUCAAAGAGAAUGUUAAAGAAAUGAAAAUCAUUAAUGA